AUGAUGGAGGGCCCCGGAGUCCUGCCUGCUUCAGGCAGCACCCCUGAUCUUCCACUGGGCGUCGACGGGGGCUCGUCGCCGCCGCAUGCUCACCCGUCCUCCGCGCCUCCUGAUGCGUCGACCGACUCACUGCCGCCCCCGGGGCCGUCGCAGCUGGUGAUGCCCAGACAAGACGGUGAGUCGCCAUCCGCUGCGGCGUCGCCUGGGGGGACGGGCUCACCGGGCGAGUCGGGGCGUGGCGCGAAGCACCUGGGCGCGGCCGCGUCUGUAGCGCACCCACUCGCGCGUAAGGUAGCGAGGAUUCUUUCCCGUCCCUUCGGCGAGGCAGCUUUCUUGCCAGACGCGCUGACGUGUUUGUCUUCCUUCUACCUCCCUCCGUCUCUCGCGUCGCGCGAAGGCAAUUCCGACGGCGCCUCAACUCCUGUUGUCCCAGACGGCGACGGCAGACGAGGAAUCGCCGCGCAGGUGGCACUUUCGCAGACAGCAGACGCUGCAGGCCCUCCGCCAUUGGCGCCGCUGCUGUACGGGGAAAGACUGCGUAUUCAUCGGGAGUGCCUCGCAGCCUUCGCGCCUAUUCGCUCUCAGAUUCGCGAGAUGACUGCCCACGUUCAGACUCUGUCUACCACCUGUGCGCACGCCUCGUCUCAAUUGCGGCGGAGUCGCUCGCAGCUUGCCACACUCUUUCACGAAGUCGAAGCGCUCCGCGGGCAGCAGCAAACCUUGCAGCGGCGUCAACGGCUCUGUCAGCUUCUCCUCGACGGCCUGCAGUUGCAUGCGCCGCUUUUAGAGGCGCUCACUGGGCACAUAGGGGGCUCCGCCGGGGCCGGCGGGGGGGAGCUGCCUGGUGCCGUGAGGGCUCAGCGCGAGGCCAUCGAGAAGCAGGGUGCCGUCUCGGGUGGGCAAGGGCGACCCAUGCAGGGAGGAGAAGCAGGAGAGGCGACGCACGAAAAUCAACUGGAUGGACGUUUUUUCCUCGCCCUGAAGGAGCUUGAGAAGGUCCGGAAACGGGCGCUGAGGCUUCAAGCCAGAAUGACGCAGCAGCUCGCGCCCAUCGAACGCGAUUUCGCGGAUACCGCGCUCGACGCAAGCGCCUCCUCGGGACCGGAUCGUCUCGACGCGAUGUCCAGCGUCCUCGCGCGCCCGCACUCCGGUCUUGCAGAAGACGUUCUUCAGCAGACUGCGGAUCUGCGAGAGGCCGCUUACGAGCGCCUUUACCUGUGGAUGCAGGAUACCUUCCGGCGUGCCAGUGGCCAUGGCGGCGCGGGUAGUUCUGACUUUGCGAGGAGGAGUGAGGAGAACGGAGGGCGGGGGCGGACGGGGACAGGCAAGACGGCGGAAGCAUCUGCCUUCAGCCACGUCGAGGCUUUUUCACACACGCUGGCGGCAGUGGGGCUCGUCGAGAAGUGGGAGAGAGAGCGCAGAGAGACUCCUGGCCACGAGGGGAAACUAAGGAAAUUGUUUUGCUUGGCGGAAGAAGAAACGCCUCUUUUGCUUCGCGGCUUCCGGGUUCUUGCGGAGCGGCCUGCGUACCUCGAGCACUCCGUUCGGGAGUUCUGUCGUCUCCAGUCCCUUCUCAAUGCCGACAUACUGCGGCAUGCCUCGCGAGAUUCCGAAGGCCAUCGAACGUCUCACGCUUCAGGACGCGCGGGGCCAGCUGGGGCGGUUCUUGAGAGCGCCAGGAAGCUCGCGGAGAACUGGAGAAAGAUGGGGUUGCUCGAGGGACAGAGAGGCACGCCUGAGCACCAGACGCGAGCCUCGGGCGCUCCAGAGACGAAGGACAGGUCUGCCGCGUACGUCCUCACACUCGGCACAUGCUUCGACUCUGUCUCGUGCAUCGAGUCUGUGAAGGUUUUGCGGGCUGCAUUGCAGCAUGCGGCUUACGCACUGGCUGCUGAACGAGCCGUCAUACGCGGGCUUAGGGGACUCCUGCCGCCUGACGACGAGACCUCUCCCUCUGCAGGAGUCCCCAGGGGCCUGACCGCGCCCGGAGAGCCGUCUUCGAGAGGCAAGGAUCCUCGGGAGGUGGACGCAACGCAUGCGGAUGCGGCGCGGGCGCAAGCAGACCUGGUCUCCAAUACGCGACAUCAGGCACUGGGGCUGAGUGCUGCUGAAGGGGGCGCGUCGCCUGAGCGUGAGGCGGGCGAGGAGGCGUGGGAGGUCGGUUUAGACGAAGGCAGGCGGGAACGUCCAGGUCUCGGCAGUCAGGACCCAGGAGAGUCGGGUGCGUCUCCGCACGGAAGCACGCGAGGCCCGAGGGGCGGUCAUGCAGGAAGUCGCGAGCCGUUAACGGGUGGACUCGCAGACGAAAGCAGUUUUGGCGACAUAGCCAUUUGCCUUCUUGAAGAGAGCACAGAAGGUCUAUACAGGCCUCUGCGCGCGGCUAUAGACCAAGCCUUCUCCAUGAUGCGCGCGAGCACCGCUUCCGCGGGGGUGACAGGGGGCAGCCGCAUGCAGCGGCAGCAGCAGGUUCUCGGUGUUCUUCUCAUGGUUCGCCUGUUGGACGCGUACGCAUGUCUGUUUCGCGCUCUCCUUCUCUUCCAGGAGCCUGUCUCUGGGCUUCACAACACGUCUCCUUCUCAUCCCAAAAGGCCAGACGGAGAAGCGCCUUCUCACGCCGAGAGCCGGCUCUCCACGGACGCCGCGCCCCCAGGCGAUAUGGGCAGCAAGGAGGAAGAACGAGGCACGGCCGCAGUGACUGGAGGGGGUGUUUUUCUCGAGCUUACAGCGCGGCUCCAGGAGGCCCUCGAGAUCCUGCAUGCGCCCGUGGUCUCCGAAGAGGAGGAGACUGAACUGUGGCUGCUUGCCUCAGGCGUGGCUGGCGCUGCGGCGGCGCGGCGAGCGCCCUGCACCGGGGCAGGCGCGGUGCCUUCUUCCUGGGUGAACGAGCGGGCUGUCCUCGACCUGCUUCGAGGCAGGAAGGCGGCGGUGUGGGGCCCGGAGGUGCGUUUGCUGACGCAGAGGUUUCGCCUUGGGCGGCGAAGCAGAAUCACGGGGAAGCGCGCAUACGAAGCGCUUGGCGCAGACGGAGACCCCAGCGACGACGAGAGCGAAGAGCUGCAUGCGUGGGUGGAGGCGUCUGUCGCGCCGCUGCUGAACUUUUGCAGGCAAGAAGCGCCACGGUUCGGUGACCCAGGAGAGGCUGCCGUCUGUCUCAUCAAUGCGUACGCAUGCGUCCAAGAACCGCUGCGCCGAUUUCGCGUGUGCGGCAGCUACCUGCGCUUGCUGUCUGAACUCGUGGAGCAGCAAAUGGUGACACUCGUUCAAGGAGAGACUGCCAAAGUGCUCGCGGCGCUCGGACUCGCGGACAGACUCGAGGCCCUCCGCAGAGCGGCGGGUCGAGAGCAAAGUCGAGAAAGCGAUGAGCAAGGGCGGGGGGGAACGCUGACGAGCGCAGGCGAGGUGCUCCUUCGAAAGGAAGAGCUCGGCAAAUUCUUCCGCGAGUUUUACGUGACGCUAUAUGGCGUGAACGCGUUGCAUCUCCAGUACGUGGACAGGCUCAUGCAUCGGCACCUGCGUUCAAAUGCUCGGAAGCUGGUACUGAGCUCCGUGCUUCAGGCGUAUUCUGAGGUCUAUGUUCACACAAGUCACUUGGGUGUGGCGUCGCAUACACCGGAAGAUAUCUCCCUUCUGCUCGGCGUGUAG